GUGGUAUAAGUGUAUAAACACUGGCAUUAAGCAAAAAAUAGGAUUAAUAACUUUAAAUCCAGAUAUCUUUGGAAUGCAACCACGUAUCGAUAUAAUCCAUGAAAAUAUACAAUGGCAAAAGCUGUUUCAAUUUGUGUCAUAUUCUAAUACAAAAGUUCGGUCUGAAGUUAGAGGUGGUGGUCGAAAACCAUGGCCACAGAAAGGUCUAGGCAAGGCAAGACAUGGAAGUAUAAGAUCACCUCUUUGGCGUAAGGGUGGUGUUGUACAUGGACCUAGAUCUCCCACACCUCAUUUUUACAUGCUUCCAUUUUAUGUACGAGUUAUAGGUUUAGCAAGUAUUUUUUCAAUAAAGCUUGCUCAAGAUGACUUACAUUUAGUAUCAAAAUUAGAAUUUCCUAAUAAUGAAUCUUUGUUUAUUAAACAAUUAAUGAAAAAAAGAAAUUGGGGCCCAUCUGUUCUUUUUAUUGAUGAUAACAACAUAGUGUCAAAGAAUGUUGCUAUUGCAACUGCUUCAUUAGAAGAAAUUAAUAUAAUAUCGGUUUAUGGUUUAAAUGUUUACAGUUUGUUGAAGCAUGACACAGUUGUGAUAACAAAGGCAGCUUUGGAAAUAAUUGAAAAUAAGUUACUUUAUCAACUACACAGAAUUGAUUCAAAAAACAUUUCAAAACAAUUUAAAAUGUAGUUCAAUUUACUAGAUAAAAAUAUACUAGAGCUUUAUAAUUUACAAUAAUAAAAUUACAAUAUUAUUUGAAUAUACCAUUUUUAAAUUACUAUUUUUUUUAAUAUUAAUCAAUUCAUUAACAAUGUAGAGUUAUCUCAUAAAAGUAAUUAGUAAUCCUAUAUAAAUACCCUCGUAUAAUUACCUAUCAUUCCCCCGAAUGACAAAUUACCCGAAAGUAGUACCCCGAAUGAUAAAUUCUCUGAAAAAAUUUAAAUCCCCCGAAAUUGGUAUCUGACGCUCAAUUGUUAUAAAUAAACAGUCUUCUAACCUCGGUCGGGGCAGAGGGCACAAUAAAUUUUUUGUUAGUCAAAAUUUUCAGUGGAAGGCACAAUAAAUUUACAUACGUCAACGGUGUACCAGCAAGAGGCAGAAGGAGAGCUGUACCAGCAAGGUACCCAAUCUGCCUGCGGAAUCAGUACGAUGCGACCAUAGAAGGGCAAACAAGAACGAACAACGUGUCAGAGGGGUGGCACAACCGAUUCCACUUGCUGAUGGCAAAAAACCACCCUGACUUAUAUUCUUUCAUAAGUUAUGAAAGAACAGGGAGACACAGAUAUAUCGGUCGUUGAAGUUUCACUGGGACGGAAAAUUAAGGCCGCUCCGAAAAAGAAGUGGGUUGAAGCUCAA